AUGAUGAGAUUUGAGACAAUCAAUGCGAUUGCGGCACUGAGUGCUGCUGCCGCUGCUGUCGACAAAAUUGGCUUCAAACGGGUCUAUUACUGUCAGCGUUGUCUAAACCACAACCGUCUGGAACCGCGGAAGAAUCAUAAAUGCGAAUGCGUAUAUGCCAAUUGCGCCUGUAACAAAUGCAUAUUGGUUGAAAAAAGGCGCGUACUUAACACUCAGUUGCAUGAACUGGAAGACGUUGCGGACGUGGAAAAUGAAGUUGGCGUUGAUGAUCAUUGUGGUUUGGCUACCAGAUCGAAAGGAGGUUGA